AUGGAGUGGUCAUCAACACCACGGGGGUGUGGAAUGGUGAUGUUAGAUCAAGCAAAGGAAGAGUUGCAGAUACUUGAAGCCCAGCACCCUAAUAAGUUUGGGUAUUUAAAGCUAGAGCUCAAGUCCUUCAUCUUUCUACUUGAAUCCCAAAACUUGAAUGCCAACUCAAACUCUUUGCCCACCUCUUCAACUGCUACUACACAAGUAUCAUCAACCAGCAGGAAGAGGAAGAAGUCUACUUCUGAUAUUCAGAGGGUAAUGGAAGGUGAUAUUGAAGCUCCCAAGCUAAAAUUCCACAAGUGUCAUAAUCUUGAUGAGAGGGAUAGGGUUGAUGUGGUCAUUGAGAAGGCUCAAGCUUGUCUAUAUAAAAUUCAACAAUUCAAAACCAACUUUUGCUUUAUCGACACUACUCAUUGA